AUGAAGUUGUCUCUGCUAAGUUAUUCAUUCUCUGCGUCUGUCGCAUCGUUGGUGAUUAUUCGUGGGGGAAGUAACCCAUGGUGCGUUGCUGGACGGAUGGGUGAGGGGCCACCCCCAACUGAUCAUACGAACUAUGCACAGCAUAACUCAGGAAAGUUAGCAACGCAGAUUGGACAGACGGGGGAAGAGCAUGUUUACGAUACUGAAACGCAGGGAGGAGAUGACGAUGAAUUCAUAUUCAAUGAAGGGAUACCAACUGAUGGGAGUAAAAACAGCAAGGUUGAUCCCCCCUUCGUUGAAGACGCCCCCGCGUAUGUUAACCCCCUGGUGAAUUACAAACAAGUGGCUAAAAUGGAUGCACCCAAUGGAGAGGACAGGCUCCCCCUUAGUGACCUACACAAGGGGAGUAAUAACAACCCAAACGAGCGCACAAAGGAUGGAAAAGUCGAUCUUCCAACGCAACAAUAUGAAGCCUCAUUUAGGGAUAACGUCAUAGCAGGUGAACCACCUAGUGGAAGCAACUACCAAGGUGCAUCUACCACAUGGAGGCGAAAAAAAAAAAAAAACCUGUACCACAGAAUGAACCCAACAGAGCACAGUCUGUUGGAUAAGCAUCCCCACAGAGAGACGACCAAUCCAUAUGUAAGCAACUUCCAUGGUCGUCACUCCAACCAGGCGGUAGUGCAACACCGAGUAGGGAAACUCAAACUGAGGACCAACAGAGACGGUCAAAAAAUGGUAAAGGAUAUUCUCACCCCACAGGUGGUUAAAGUUAUGAAGGAGUACCUACUGAAGAGGCGGAAAAUAAACGCGAAUGGAAAUGCAAAUGGACGGAUGGACCAUUUGGGGGGUUCAUCCUCAGACCAGCUGCACAGGGAAGGUAGUCCACCCUGGGGGAACAGCUUAACUGGAAGCAGCAAAGUUAGUCAUCCUUUGAGGUUCUUUCCAGCGAAUUUGGCUCCCCACUCGGGUGACACACAACCGGUUCAUCAUAAGUGA